GACUCUACAGAGUCCCAGCCCUGACAACCUUUACAGUUCAUGACCCCCCCCAUGGCCAAGACAUCUACAAAGCCCCAGCCCUGACAACCUUUACAGUUCAUGACCCCCCCCCAUGGCCAAGACAGAUUAAUAAUAUGGUUACCCUCUCACCGUCACCCAUUAAGAGAGGGAUUUAAACACUUCAGAUACAACCAGCAUGACAUCAGUUCUCGUCCCUCCCAUUUCCCAACAUCCCACAGUGUUAUUCUGCUCUAAAUGACAGUGAUGUUAUUGGUUGGUUCUUCACAUCGCUGUGUCGUCAUGGGAAACACAACGUGCCUUUGCUCAAACUUCCUUUCUGAGAUGAUUUCACAACUGUAAUGUUCUCUCAAGCUAUUACCUAUGCAUGGAUCCUAUUGAAGCUUGGUGUAUGCUGUAUUCUAUAUUAUAUUAACCAACAGAAUGAAAUAGUUCCUAUAUAUUAUGUCUUGUUUUGUUGUUGAGAUCUUUAGCUAAACUGUUAUCUAUGCAGAUCUUUAGCUAAAACUGUUAUCUAUGCACCAUUCCCCAGUCAAUGAUAUGAAGCUCAAAUACAGUAUGUACAUAUUUCCCAGUCUGUAUAUUCGCCCCAAAUGGCACCCUGUUCCCGUAGUGCUCUAGUUUUGACCAGGCCCAUGCAGCUCUGGUCAACAGUAGUGUCCUCUAAUAGAGAUUAGGGUGCCAUGUGGGAAACAUGUCCUGUUAAACACACGAUCAUGUUGUUUUCAUGAUUCAUAGUAACUCAUCAUAUUUUGUUUUCUGUUUUCUGAGAUAAUGAUCGACGGAAAGUGAUUGUCUCAUUGAUAAUCAAAGUGAACAUAAGCAAUGUAUGAUUUUUAAAAUUCAAACCCUGAUUUAAUAGCAAUAUUUCAAAUCCAGGCGAAUUGAACUUCAGACUUAAAGAUGUGUUUGUGAUGGAUAAUGUUUGCCCUACCUCUAACAAUACAUUGUGUUAUCUGUGCCAAAGCCUUGCUAUGCAUAUAGAAAAUGGCAACUUUUACAUGAGUCAUGAGUCACCCCCUAGAUGUCCUUUAGAAGUCAUCCACCGUUUCCAUAACAUACUGAAUCCUACAGCUGUCACCAUUCAGUUUCCAUAACAUACUGAAUCCUACAGCUGUCACCAUUCAGUUUCCAUAACAUACUGAAUCCUACAGCUGUCACCAUUCAGUUUCCAUAACAUACUGAAUCCUACAGCUGUCACCAUUCAGUUUCCAUAACAUACUGAAUCCUACAGCUGUCACCAUUCAGUUCCCAUAACAUACUGAAUCCUACAGCUGUCACCAUUCAGUUUCCAUAACAUACUGAAUCCUACAGCUGUCACCAUUCAGUUUCCAUAACAUACUGAAUCCUACAGCUGUCACCAUUCAGUUUCCAUAACAUACUGAAUCCUACAGCUGUCACCAUUCAGUUCCCAUAACAUACUGAAUCCUACAGCUGUCAGACUUCAAGUAGAGUCAGGAAAAGUUAUCCACAAGAUAUCCCAUCAGACUAUAGUAGCAUUGAGACUCUGACAGACUGAUUUGUCUGACAGUCACCUGGGAUGUCAUUUUAACCAGAGAUGCUCAGGAAAGAUAUUCAAUAGACACUGACGACGGCCAUGUUGUCUCCUCCACCAGAGCAACAUGGAUUACAUCUCUCUGCGUGCCUGUCUGAUUAAAUGUUCUCUCCGACCGUCACACAGUGAGAUGUGAUGGUCGGACACAUGGUUGACAAUGGUGUUUUUACCUGACAGUACUGUAGGGACCAGGUUGAAGAGAGUUAGGGUUGUUGUGAUGGUUAGGGUUGUUGUGAUGGUUAGGGUUGUUGUGAUGGUUAGGGUUGUUGUGAUGUGGUGUAGUCUACUGGUGUUGUCCACAUGGUCCUGUGGUGGGGUAGUCUACUGGUGUUGUCCACAUGGUCCUGUGGUGGGGUGGUGGGGUGGUCUACUGGUGUUGUCCACAUGGUCCUGUGGUGGGGUGGUCUACUGGUGUUGUCCACAUGGUCCUGUGGUGGGUGGUGGGGUGGUCUACUGGUGUUGUCCACAUGGUCCUGUGGUGGGGUGGUCUACUGGUGUUGUCCACAUGGUCCUGUGGUGGGGUGGUCUACUGGUGUUGUCCACAUGGUCCUGUGGUGGGGUGGUCUACUGGUGUUGUUCACAUGGUCCUGUGGUGGGUAGUCUACUGGUGUUGUCCACAUGGUCCUGUGGUGGGGUGGUGGGGUAGUCUACUGGUGUUGUCCACAUGGUCCUGUGGUGGGGUGGUCUACUGGUGUUGUCCACAUGGUCCUGUGGUGGGUAGUCUACUGGUGUUGUCCACAUGGUCCUGUGGUGGGGUGGUGGGGUAGUCUACUGGUGUUGUCCACAUGGUCCUGUGGUGGGGUGGUCUACUGGUGUUGUCCACAUGGUCCUGUGGUGGGGUGGUCUACUGGUGUUGUCCACAUGGUCCUGGUGGGGUGGGGUGGUCUACUGGUGUUGUCCACAUGGUCCUGUGGUGGGGUGGUCUACUGGUGUUGUCCACAUGGUCCUGUGGUGGGGUGGUCUACUGGUGUUGUCCACAUGGUCCUGUGGUGGGUAGUCUACUGGUGUUGUCCACAUGGUCCUGUGGUGGGGUAGUCUACUGGUGUUGUCCACAUGGUCCUGUGGUGGGGUGGUCUACUGGUGUUGUCCACAUGGUCCUGUGGUGGGGUGGUCUACUGGUGUUGUCCACAUGGUCCUGUGGUGGGGUGGUCUACUGGUGUUGUCCACAUGGUCCUGUGGUGGGGUGGUCUACUGGUGUUGUCCACAUGGUCCUGUGGUGGGGUGGUGGGGUGGUCUACUGGUGUUGUCCACAUGGUCCUGUGGUGGGGUGGUCUACUGGUGUUGUCCACAUGGUCCUGUGGUGGGGUGGUCUACUGGUGUUGUCCACAUGGUCCUGUGGUGGGUGGUCUACUGGUGUUGUCCACAUGGUCCUGUGGUGGGGUGGUCUACUGGUGUUGUUCACAUGGUCCUGUGGUGGGGUGGUGGGGUAGUCUACUGGUGUUGUCCACAUGGUCCUGUGGUGGGGUGGUCUACUGGUGUUGUCCACAUGGUCCUGUGGUGGGGUGGUGGGGUGGUCUACUGGUGUUGUCCACAUGGUCCUGUGGUGGGGUGGUGGGGUGGUCUACUGGUGUUGUUCACAUGGUCCUGUGGUGGGGUGGUGGGGUAGUCUACUGGUGUUGUCCACAUGGUCCUGUGGUGGGGUGGUCUACUGGUGUUGUCCACAUGGUCCUGUGGUGGGGUGGUCUACUGGUGUUGUCCACAUGGUCCUGUGGUGGGGUGGUCUACUGGUGUUGUCCACAUGGUCCUGUGGUGGGGUGGUCUACUGGUGUUGUCCACAUGGUCCUGUGGUGGGGUGGUGGGGUGGUCUACUGGUGUUGUCCACAUGGUCCUGUGGUGGGUGGUGGGGUGGUCUACUGGUGUUGUCCACAUGGUCCUGUGGUGGGGUGGUCUACUGGUGUUGUCCACAUGGUCCUGUGGUGGGGUGGUCUACUGGUGUUGUCCACAUGGUCCUGUGGUGGGGUGGUGGGGUGGUCUACUGGUGUUGUCCACAUGGUCCUGUGGUGGGUGGUGGGGUAGUCUACUGGUGUUGU